UGAGAGCUGAUACCCACCGGGCUGGCUGUGGAUGCUGAGAGCUGGUACCCACCGGGCUGGCUGUGGAUGCUGAGAGCUGGUACCCACCGGGCUGGCUGUGGAUGCUGAGAGCUGGUACCCACCGGGCUGGCUGUGGAUGCUGAGAGCUGAUACCCACCGGGCUGGCUGUGGAUGCUGAGAGCUGGUACCCACCUGGCCGGCUGUGGAUGUGGAGAGCUGAGACCUGGAUACUAGGACUUGCAGUAAAGGAGCUGGAUUUUAAGACUUGGAGUGAGGGAGCUGGAUACUAGGACUUGGAGUGUUGAAUUGGAUACUGGGAUUUGGAGUGAGGGAGUUGGAUACUGGGACUUGGCGUGUGGAUCUGCGUUUCACCCCCUGGAUCUCCAUAUUAGAGCACUUGAUCUCCCUAUUAGAGCUUCAUGCACUGGAUCUCCCUAUUAGUUGUCCUCCCAUGGAUCCCUCUUUACCUGUAAUACAGCUGCUCUCAUCUUAAUCCUGCACCCCAAUGUAUCGUUAUCUCCUGCACCCCUUGAGCCCUCACUGACCCCUGCACUCAUCAUUUAGCUACAGGUCCUCGUAUCUCUGUAAACACUGCACCCCUGAUCUCACUAACCCAGAACCCCCUGAUCUGACUAACCCAGCACCGCCCUGAUCUCACUAACCCAGCACCCCCUGAUCUGACUAACCCAGCACCCCCUGAUCUCACUAACCCAGCACCCCCUGAUAUAACUAACCCAGCACCCACUGAUCUGACUAACCCAGCACCCCCUGAUCUCACUAACCAAGCACCCCUGAUAUAACUAACCCAGCACCCCCUGAUCUCACUAACCCAGCACCCCCUGAUCUCACUAACCCUGCACCCCAUGAUCUCACUAACCCAGCACCCCCUGAUCUCACUAGCCCUGCACCCCGUGAUCUCACUAACCCAGCAUCCACAGAUCUCACCAACCCAGCACCCCUGAUCUCACUAACCCAGCACCCCUGAUCUCACUAACCCUGCACCCCCUGAUCUCACUAGCCCUCUACCCCCUGAUCUCACUAACCCAGCACCCCUAAUCUCACUAACCCAGCACCCCUGAUCUCACUAGCCCUGCACCCCCUGAUAUAACUAACCCUGCACCCCCUAAUCUCACUAACCCUUCACCCCCUGAUCUCACUAACUCUGCACCCCCUGAUUUCACUAACCCAGCACCCCCUAAUCUCACUAACCCUUCACCCCCUGAUCUCACUAACCCAACACCCCUGAUCUCACUAACCCUGCACCCCCUGAUCUCACUAGCCCUCUACCCCCUGAUCUCACUAACCCAGCACCCCUAAUCUCACUAACCCAGCACCCUUGAUCUCACUAGCCCUGCACCCCCUGAUCUGACUAACCCAGCACCCCCUGAUCUCACUAGCCCUGCACCCCUGAUCUGACUAACCCAGCACCCCCUGAUCUCACUAACCCAGCACCCCCUGAUCUCACUAUCCCAGCACCCCCUGAUCUCACUAUCCCAGCACCUCCUGAUCUCACUAGCCCUGCACCCUAAUUAUCCCUCAAGCUCCUGCACCCCUUAUCUCUGUAUUAACUCCACCCUCAUCUCUCUAGCUCCAGUACCCUAAUUAUCCCUCUAACCUCUGCACCCCUUUACCUGUCUCUGUGAUCUCCCUGAUAUUAAUCAUGGCUCCUUAUCACUGUACCCCCAAUUCACCCUCCCUGUCAUUCAUUCCCCCUCUGUGAGCUCCUGACAAGCAUCCUUCACCCAGUCCAUCUUAUUAGCAGCUUACCUUGGCUUUCCUCAUAUGCCACAUACUAUUCCUUUUAUUGUGAUGAUGCUGGAUUUUUAGCCGCCUCCAUUAACCCUCUCUCCUGAUCCUCUCCAUCUUUUCUAUCUGUCCAUCAGCCAUCAUUGACUGCCUCUCUUCUAUCAUACCAUACUCAGAGCCCCCUCCCCAAUACUCUUCUAAUAUCCAAGCCACCCUAGCCUCCAAUACUUCUAUCAUAUCCUAGCACUCCUCCCCAAUACUUCUAUCAUAUCCUAGCCCCCCUCCCUAAUAUCACUAUCAUAUCUCAGAUCCCCUCCUUCCCAAUACUGUACUAAUAUUCAAGCCCCCUCCCAAUAUCUCUAUCAUAUCCCAGACCCCCUCCCCAAUAACUCUAUCAUAUCCCAGACCCCCCCCCCAAUACCUCUAUCAUAUCCCAGACCUCCCCCCCAUACCUCUAUCAUAUCCCAGACCUCUCCCCCCAUACCUCUAUCAUAUCCCAGACCUCUCCCCCCCCCAUACCUCUAUCAUAUCCCAGACCCCCCAUUCACUAUGUCUGUCACAUCUGAGUGACCUCCUGUUACCCCUUGCUCUCCCCAUUAUCUUUCUGACAUCAUUCAGCCCCCUCAGUGUUUGUGUUUUGGAAGCUUGUUGACCCAUCACCCCAAGUGCAUGCAGCCCUCUCUCUUAUUUCAUAGUAAGGGGCUAUAGGGCUGCAUGUGAGCGUGAGUACCCAGGCUGUGAGUGCUCCUACCUUGCUAUAUCAGGCACUCAGCACACCUGGGGUAUAUGGACAGGAGCUCCCUACUACGGCUCAUCCAGGGGCAGCUCGACCCAGAGAAUACGGGUUUUGUUUGUGCAGAGACAUUCGCCACUCUGGUCAAUAACCAUGAGCUGCCCCUGGACCCUGCCAAGCUGGAGAUGUUAUUUGCUCUCUCACAGGGCAAUGAAGAGGGGCAGAUUUGUUACCCCCAACUGGUGGACCUGAUCAGCAGCAAGAGGUCCAGUAGCUUCAGAAGGGCCAUCAGUAGUGGUCAACGGGCUCUCCCACGGGAUGUCCUGCUUGACCAGGCCGGACUGGGAGUCUACAAGAGAUUUGUACGUUAUGUGGCCUAUGAGAUUCUACCUGGUGAGAUGGAGAGACGUUGGUACUUUUACCAACACCGACCAUGCCCUCCACCUAUCUUCAUGGCAGCGGUGACUCUGACACAGAUCAUCGUUUUCCUGUGUUAUGGGGUCAGAUUGAACAAAUGGGUCUUACAGACGUACCACCCUGAGUACAUGAAGAGCCCCCUCGUCUACCACCCUGGGCAUCGGGCACGAGCGUGGCGCUUUCUCACCUACAUGUUCAUGCAUGUUGGAUUGGAGCAACUGGGGUUUAAUACCCUCCUACAGCUAAUGAUUGGGGUACCCCUGGAGAUGGUUCACGGGGUGCUAAGAAUCAGCUCUUUGUAUCUGGCUGGGGUGCUGGCAGGAUCCCUUGCAGUUUCUGUCACAGACAUGAGAGCUCCUUUGGUGGGUGGCUCGGGUGGAGUGUAUGCCCUCUGUUCUGCCCAUCUUGCCAAUGUUGUUAUGAACUGGGCUGGCAUGCGCUGUCCGUACAAGGUUCUCCGAAUGAUCCUUGCACUCGUCUGCAUGAGCUCUGAGGUAGGACGGGCAGUCUGGCUUCGUUUCUCUCCACCGUUACCAGCUGCUGGUCCCCAACCCAGCUUCAUGGCCCACUUAGCGGGUGCCGCUGUUGGGGUCAGCAUGGGUUUGACGAUCCUGCGUAGUUACGAAGAGAACCUUCAGGACCAGUGUGGUUGGUGGGUCAUCCUCUUGUGCUACGCUACCUUCCUUGCCUUUGCUAUCUUCUGGAAUGUAUUCGCUUAUGACCUUCUUGGUGUGCAGAUCCCGCAUCCCCCCUGACCUUUGAACCCUGUAUGUGUCAUGCCCUCGAGAUUCCUUCGGUGCUGAACUGCCUGCCGAUAUUCUUUAACUGCCAGAGGAGAACCGGCAGGAGUUGCUUUGUAAUUGCUGGUCUCUGACAGCAAAGGGAUUAACGAGACGACACUGGACCCAGGAUUUGGGGGUAGUGGAUUGGCGCAACACUUACAGUUUCCCAAUUUGAGUCCCACCCAGUAAGGCAGAAUAAUGUAACGCUCUUUGCUAUGUAUAUAUGUGGUCAGGUGAUUUUAUAUACUGUUACUGCUCUAAGUUAUAAACCCCCUGGCACUGAGAGUUUCAGGAAUUAAUGGAUUAUUACUACAAAAUAUUACCCUAACCCCAGAGUCAAAUGCAUUUUCUCCCUCUAUCCAAACCACAGAUCAUUCAGCAGAUAUAUGUACCGCUCCGUCUAAAUGGAACUUAUGGGGUGUAAACAGUUACAAGAGGAAGCCUUUCUUAACUGUUUGCAUUCUGGUCUGUUCCACUUAGACCGAACACUCCAGAACAUUGCUGCUUAGAAAAGGGAAAUGAGCAUAUGUCAUUAAAAAAAAAAAAGAUUUAAAACGCGGGUUUACUCGAGUGCAGAAUUUGACCUCAUUUAGGCUCACGCUAGUGGCCUAGUGCCACCCAAUACCCGCAACCAAAGCUAGUUUUUUUUUUUUUUUUUAUAAAUACCUGGCUCUGGUGUGUGAAAAGCCUUGAAAAAUGUGGGAUGUCUGAAUGUAUGUACUGCACCAGAUUAAUAUCCCCAAAUUUCUGCACACCAAUCUCCACUUCCACUAGUAAUUAACAUCUUAGACAAAGCAUUGUGGGAAUCUUUUGUAGUAAGCCCAAUACCCAGCAUAUAAAUAAGGCUUUCAGGCAUGAAUUGUGGAGUGCCCAUUGCAGGUAAUGUUAAGAUCCGUGUAGACCCAUACACAAUGAUGUGGAAUUUUGGCUACAAGAUGGAACCAAGCAGGUAUCUAGUGAAACAUAAAAGGCAGUCUAUAUCUCCCUAUUUACUUACUAAUUUAAUGAUGAACUAGCACUUUAAACUCUAAACUCAAAUGGACAUAAAACAGCCACGCUUUACAAACAUGCAUCAUUUUAUUUCUGAAGUGCUGGCUUAGCGGUACCUAGAAUCUGUGGUGCCGCACCACAAACAUAUUAAAUGUGGCUGCUUUUUUUUUUUUGAAGAAAAAUCUAUAUAUUUGAUGAUCUCCCAUACUAAAAUGCUUUCAAAUUUUAUUGAUAUAUAAAGAAUUAUUUGUAAUAUUCUAUAUGUAUGUAUGACUAGAGUAUAAAUCAACAGGCUGCUAUUAAAGCAUCCCCUAAAAUACAAGCAGUUUAACGGUCUCUAAGAGGGAGGGGGGAUCUAGGAUAUAUCCGCACCGUGCUGUUAAUGUUAAAGAUUUGUUUUCUAUCAGUGUCUGCUGAGGGUGGUAGUCAUGAAAGGUGUAGUUGAACCGUUUUAAUUCACCUGUAUUAUUUAGCGAUGUCUAUGCUUUUUCUGUGUUGUUUUCUUUUACAAUUCACAUGGAUUUGAGAAACAAUCCCAAAUUUUGCAAUCCAAUAUUCGCAUUCCAUUUAUGGACAACAUGGCAGCUAUGAACAACAUUUUUUAACUUCGUUUAAAAUGUAUUUGGGUGGAAAAGCCUCAUAACCCUUUCCAUACAGUAAGUGAAACAGGACGAUAAUGUUACUUACUGGAGGUAUAAAUAGCGCAAUGAUAACCCUAAAACAGAGAAAAGAUGGAGGUUCCCAGUGGAAUAUCUCCCAUGAUGUUUAAAGUCUGGUUCCAUUUAGGUAAGUUAAUAAAACACUUUCCCUGAUGGAACCCAGAUUCUAUUCCAUUAGAACCCAUAAGCUUAUUCACCAAACUCCAAAUUGCAUUAAAUUCAAAUCUGAAAUUGCCAGAUUCAUGGUAAAACAAACAGCCGAGCUGUAAAUACAGCAGAAUUUGAACUUUUUU